UUAUCGUUGCUCAAUUUAUAUGUUUUUGUUGUUGUGUUAUUGACGUAAACAAUUAGCUACGCGUUUUCCAGCGAUCGACAUUUUUUUUAAAUGCGAUUUACAAAAUUUGGGUGGUUGUGUUGUGAAAUAAUUCCCAAUGGAGAACAACAGAAAACCUACCAUUGGCGGCCCUGAUUUGAAAAAUGACAUUUGAAAUUUCACAUUUCAUUUCAUUUUUCGACUAACUUCAGUAUAAAAUUAAAGUGAGAAAUCAAAUAAAAACUGAUUUAUUUUAUCAAUCAUCGUAUAUAACUUACACCUCAAGAUUUAGCCCAGUUGUUAUGGUUGAUUUUGAUUCACUUACCGAUUAGUUAUUUAUUAAAUAUUAGUAAGAAUGGCAAACAUAGCGGCUCAAAGAAUAAAACGCGAAUUUAAAGAGGUUAUUAAAAGUGAAGAGGUGGCUAAGUGUGCCAUAAAGGUUGAACUUUUAAAUGACAGUUACACGGAGCUGAAAGGUGAAAUAGCCGGACCUCCAGACACCCCGUACGAGGGAGGAAAUUUUAUAUUGGAAAUUAAAGUACCUGAGACCUACCCCUUCAAUCCGCCAAAGGUAAGGUUCAUAACAAAAAUAUGGCACCCCAACAUAUCAUCCGUGACAGGCGCCAUAUGUCUAGAUAUAUUAAAAGACCAAUGGGCCGCAGCCAUGACUUUAAGGACGGUUCUCCUUUCUCUCCAGGCGCUUUUAUCAGCAGCCGAGCCGGACGAUCCUCAAGACGCCGUGGUGGCUAGGCAAUACAAGGAGAAUCUAGAAAUGUUUCAGCUGACGGCAAGGCAUUGGACGAACGUCUAUGCAGGAGGUCCUCAUGUAAAUAGUGAAUGUGAUGAUAAAAUUAGAAGACUCGUAGACAUGGGCAUCGAAGACCACCAGGCCCGCGCGGCGCUCUCUUCCUAUAACUGGGACCUCGAAAGGGCCACCGAACAGCUUUUUAGUUAGUAAAUUGACACACGCGCUUGUUCAUAUAUCCCGUACACACUCAGAUAUACUUUCACUAGUUCAUUUUUGACGGAGAUGGAGAUGAUGUUUAUAUACUUAACCAUGAGUUUUCAUACCUUUUAUGUCUAUUACACUGUACAUAAACUAUAAAAUUAAAUAAAACGAAGUAUUUGCAUUA